GAGCAAGACUUUGUUCUUUCCCAAAUAUAUUGCGUUCGCAAGCACUCUGCACUCACCAUUUUGCCGACCAGGACAAGAAUCUCAAGUGUAUUCCAGAUCCCGAACCGCGUCAAAAAAUUCGCCAGGCAAAAUGACCGACAAGUCCAACUACCGUGCCGCCGACGACAAGUACGAGGCUCAGAAUGACGAAAAAUUCGAUCCCAGCGGCGACCUUAACGACUCCAGCUAUGUGAGACCCGGAGACAGCACGGUUCCAGUCCAGAAAGACUCGGCUCCGGUCGAAGACCCUGUGCAGCCACCAACAUCCAACAGUGACGCGCAGCUCGAGCAAGACGAGAGAGAAGCCAUCGACAAGGGCAAUAUCGUCAAGGGGCGAAUUCGCCACGCCAAACCGACGGGCUCGUAUUCCGAAGGACCAGACGAGGAUCAACUGCCAAAGGAGGUCGCCAGUGGAGCGGAUGGUACUUCUUCUACCCGAGGUCUCUAG